AUUGUUAUAUAAGGAUAGAUAAGACGUAGAUUAUAUAGAAGAAUUAUCGAGUAUAAAAAUUUAUAUCUUCGGGAUAGUGAAUAACAAAAACAAAAGGGAAGACAGAUUUUUAAUAUUCGUAAUUUCCAAUUUGAUAAAAUAUACGAUUAUAUAUAAUUUUAUUAUAGUCGACCGAUUUGAUCGACAUAAAUUAAAUAAAAAAAUUUGAGUCGGUAUAUUUUUUUCCAUCGUUUGUCGAUAAAAUAAGAAAAAUCGUAGAAAUUGGUUAAUAUUCGUGUUUCGAAGAGAUAUAAAUUAUCGGCACAGUAUUGGUAGCGUUUCGCAGCUAACUUUAAUUUUAUUGGCUAUCUCUUGAACAUAUACACUUACAUAUAUAUAUAUAUAAGGUGGAACGCAAACUCGAGUAGUAUCAGUGGAUGGAAAAUGGCGACAUCGAAAAGUCAGCGUUGGAUGGUAGAUUCGGGCAUUCUGCGUAAAAGAAAUGGAGAAGAGGAACCACAGGAGCUGUUGGUGUUUGGAUAUAGCUGCAAAUUAUUUCGAGAUGAUGACAAGGCGAAAAUGAUUGAUCAAGGAAAGCAUUUGAUACCAUGGAUGGGCGAUAGCACGUUGAAAAUAGACAGAUACGAUGGACGCGGUGCUCUGGGGGACUUGCGGAUAUACGAACCACCGACAGGUGGGUUCGAUCAACGAACAAUCUUGACGGAAGAUGAAAUAAAAGUGGAACAAUUAUGCGACGAAGAGCGGUAUCGGUCUCUUUAUAAUAAUGAAAUGGAAGAUUCCGUUUAUCACGAGGAGGAAAUGAAACGAUUGCAUCAAGCUUUGGAUUCUGAGAAUACGUACAGUCAAGUGGCGUACGACUACAACGAGGAGGGAAACGGAUCGAAAAUCGCGUGUGACGAUUCUCAGAGUCCGAAACGAUCGGAGGGUUCUCAAGAAGAAGAUCAGGCUUUCGUCCCGCCGAGCGAUUUGGAAAUUCCAGAAGGCAUUCCAUUGCCGGAAACGCAAAAACUGAAUGCCAUCAUAACAAAAACGGCGUUGUUUAUAAGUCGUCAAGGUGGACAAAUGGAGAUUCUGAUUAAGGCGAAGCAAGCGAAUAAUCCACAAUUUUCCUUCCUGUCGAUAGACGGACGGCUUCAUCAAUAUUAUAGAUGUAUACUGGAUGCGAUCAAGAGUGGGAAAUAUAAUCCCGAAAAACAGCCGGAGAAAGAAGAAUCCGAACAAGAAGAAGGAUCAUCCGAUCAAGACGAUGAACCGUAUCUUCAUCCGAGCUUGGCGUCAUCGUUCACCAAGAUCGAAGCGGCACCCAGUAUACCGAGUAUACAAUACAAACCAUCGGCGGAUUGUGCUUAUUCGAUGCUUGUAAAUAAAAUAACGGGGAAACCACCACCAUCGAAAGCACCGGCCCAACAUUCGGAGACCACGAUUCAAUCGGCCACCGGAAUAGGAUAUUAUCAUCACGUGCCAGGACAGAGCUAUAAUGCUUAUUCAAAUACGGUUACGGGGACAGGGACAAUGACGGCAGCGGGAACGGGGAUGGCUACGACAGCGAUCACGCCUGUACAGUACUCCCAUGGCCCGGUGAUAUACGGACCAAAUGGACAGAUACAAUCACCGUUACAAAUCACCGUAGCGAAUAUACUGCCAUCUGCGAACGAAAUGGUCAAUUCGUCGCAAAUGACGACGAGCGAGACUCAGCUACCGUUGGUACCGUACGGAUCUACGUCCCAGAAACAAUUGAGCAGACCUUCUUUUAUCGUUCCACCGGCAGAUGUACAAAUAAUUAUCGACAAAAUGGCCAGUUACGUGGCGAAAAAUGGCAGGGAUUUCGAGGCGAUCGUGAAAAACAAAGGAGAUCCAAGAUUCAAUUUUCUCGAAUUAUCGCAUCAGUAUCACGGUUAUUACGCGCAUAAGUUGACGAUAUACGAGGGUGCGGUAAACCCAAAGGUAUUGACGGAGGAAGAGUUGUUGCAGAAACAGGAGCCCCAAGAGGAGAAGCAGAAGAAGUUGGAGGAAUUGCAGAAAAAGCAACAGAGGAUGGAGGAGGUUCAGAAAAGGGUGAAAAUGAUACAAGCGAAGAAGAAGUGCGAGCCAAAAUUGAAAGAGACGACGACACUGAUGGCAGCGACGGCCACGGCAUUGGCAACGGGGACAACGACAGCGACUGCCGCGACGGCAACGGCGGCAACGACGACGAUGUCAACGUCGACGACGACGAUGUCGACGAUGACGACGACAACGACGAUGACAACGAGCACGACGACAAUGACAACGACCACGGGGACGAUGACGACGACUACGACUAUGACGACCAUGUCGACCAUGUCGACCAUGUCGACAAUGUUGACAACAACUAUGACGACAAUGAUGAUGAUGACAACGACCACGACUACGACGACAACGACCUCGACGUCGACGACGACGUCGACGACGACGAUGAUGGCAACGACAGCGGCGGCAACGACGGCGGCGAGCACAGAGGGUGUAAAACAGAUAACGACGGUGUCGUUCUCGAUAAAGAAGCCAAAGGACGGAGAGACGGGGGUGAUCGAGAAACGGAACGCACUUUUGUUGGAGGAGAGCGACGACGAUAUGGAGGAGGAGAGCAAAGAUGGAAAUUCGAAGCCGAGCUCGCCGCAAGAUUCGAACGAGCAGUGUACGCUCGUCGUUCUCGGGACCUCGGUCGAGAAGGAGGUCGGUGGAACGUGGAAGACGGAGAAAAAGUGGAAAAACGAGGAAAAGGAGUUGGUAGAUCUUACGGACGAAAUUCUGGAAGAUUGCCAGAAAGAGAUUAGGCACAAGCAGGCGGAAGAUAGGAUCAAGGAUAAGUUGGUCGCGGCAGCGCGGGACAAAUUGGCCGCUACUUCGAGGGAGAGGCAGCUCCAAUUGGAGAGAAAGAAGAAAGCGGCUGCGUUUUUGAGCCAGAUACAGAGUAGCAGUUUACCAAAGGGGAGCGGGGCAACGGCGGCUACUGUAAAUCAAAUAGGGACGAGAAAAGACGAUUCGGACGAGGUGCAUUCCGUCCCGUCGCCGUCCCCCUCGCCGUCGUUGGAAGACGCAAAAUCUUCUUGCGACUCGAGGAGCACGGGUGGAAAUUCUUUAAUGGACAGAUUGAAGAGCGCCGAUUUGACCGGGAAAAGGUCUAGGCCGCGAUCGAGGAGUCCAAGUGGAAGUCGAAGUUACACAGAUAGGCAAAAGUUUCACAAGAAACAUAAAAAGAAGAAAAGUUCUCACAGAAGCAACCACGACAGUCCGAGCAGUUCUCGAUCACACAGAUCCAAGAAGAGCAAGAAGUCCUCUUCCAAGCAUAGGUCUCCGUCGCGAACACCGUCUCGAAGGCAUCAUCAUAGCGCGCGACGAAAGGGAAGCAACUCCUCGUAUUCGGAUUCGAGUUCAUCUUGAGAGCAUGUUCUCCUCGUAUUUACAUACGCGCGUAAAAACUUAUCUACACAUACGACACAUAUAUACAUACAUAUAUACGUGUACGCAUACAAGUUAUAUAUAAGUAUGCGUGUAAAUACGUAUGUAUACAUAGUUUCGAGGAUAUCUAUGUUGAUAAUUAAUGAAUGCGUCGACGAUAAUCGAAGGGUUCGUAACAAAAACGAUCCUUCGGUCAUAUAAGAUUCACCGUAAUUUUAGAUUCGAUUAAGUAUCGUUCCUUGCGCGAUGCAAUUAAGAAAAAAAAAAAAUGUAACGCGUUAGCGUAACGAAUAUCAUUUUGUAAAUUGAAUUGGAAAGAUGAAUUCUUUCGAAGAAGAAAAGGAAAUCGGCAAGGGUCGUUUUUGAUACGAAUCCCUUUUCAAUUUAAUAUAACUUUUGUCCAAUGAGAAAUAAAAAAAAAAAAAAAAUCAACGGAAAAGAAAAAUGGAAGAAUAAAAAAGAAGAAAGUUUUAACAAGA